GCUUCAGUUCAGUUAUUAUAUCAAGUCUUCGAUAGCCAUCAAAAUAAUUGAACACUCAUACAUCCCGUUACGGUCACUGGGUGUUUCGUUAGUGCAGUGUCAGACGAUCCCUAAGGAGGAGAAGUGUAUGUGAAAGAGGCGCAAAAUGAAUAAAGGACAAAUGAGAAGCUCGUCCAGUGGGAUGACAGUGACAGGUCCAUUGCCUUCGGCACCCCCCUCAUACGAAGAGGCCAUUGGCUUGCCGACGGUACCGACGAUAACCACAAUUCUAGACGCACCUAGAGCGCCGCCCUAUCCAAUUGCAGAUAAUUCGAUGCCCAUGCCCACCCCAAUUCUGGCACCAACAACACAAAUACUGGUUACGAGACAGCAAAGGACAAAUGCAACACAGCCGCUGGAGGUGCGAGUUACCAAUGAGCAUGUGACCCCCUUAUUGGCAUCUAAUUCAGUCAAAAUAACCUGUCCCUCCUGUCACGCGGAUGUUAAAACGAACACGGUGUCGGAACACCAGCCGAUUGCUCAUUUAUGCUGUGUUCUCCUCUGUAUGGCUGGGUGCUGUUUCUGUUCGUGUUUACCCUACUGUCUAAACGCCUUUUUGAGCGUUCACCAUGUUUGUCCAAAUUGUAAAGCGUUCAUAGGUACGUGGAAGGGCUGAUUGACUUUUCCGACUUUUCCACGUGAUUGAGUUUAAGUGUGCGAUGAUGUACCUCAAAGAGAGUACGCUACUGGUCCAUAUAUACUCAAAGUCUUAAAACGUACGAAGAAAUCAUCUUGGACCUGAUUUGAUUCAUCUUGGACCGAUUCAUUGUAAUUUUUUUUAAUUCACUGCGAUCGAGCUUUAGCUGUAAUUAGUUCAGAAUAAGGCAACUCAAUUUCCAUUGUACUUCCUACUAUUAUACCUUUUUUUUUUAGCUCUUCUUCGUUAUCUGUAUAUCAAACUUUUAUAUCAUUCCAAGAGAGUUAAUCAUUUUGUAUUUUCUCAUAUUUUCAUUUCCUAAUCGCUGCUAAAAUAGGGAUAUACAACUAUCUCAUCAGUAUUUUGUUUCACAAUAAGCAGCUAUCAAUUUCGCAUUAACACUAGAUUUCUUCAGUAAUGUGUUGUUAAGAUAUUAUCAGAUUGAACUGCUCAAUUGCCAAGUACCGUAAUAGAUAUUGUAAGUGACUAACUGAAUAAUUGUGGAAAACAUGUCGAUUAUUUACGUAUAUUUUUAACAGAUGAACCUUCGUCAGCUAAAAAUACUGUUAAGGAGAUCUUUCUCGCUCAAAUUGAAAGAAUGAACUGAAGAAAAGAAUAACUUUAUGCGGUAAUUUUUCAUGAAAUAAAAAUGAAUAAUUCAAGAUUUUUUUUUCGGAGAUUUUUUUUACAACAUUA